GAAGGGUUACCGAAGGUGAACGUGCCAGCGGGACAUGCCACGUAGAUUUUGGCAACGUGCACUCGAAUCUUUCGAUGCGUAACAGAUUUCCUCAAAUUUGUUUUAGAUUAAAGGAAACUUGGAACAGGGUGAUUGCAUCGUAAGAUGAAUUAAUGUCCCCUGCGGAUAGGAAGGAGAAUGACAGGAUGCCGUGUUUGGGGGGUUCUGAUUCUUUUUAAUGCUUGGGUCUCGGCGGUGAACGAGAUCGGUGAGCGUACUUCGACGGACGAUGAGAGAAAAAGAUCAUUCGAAACGGAGGGUUCCGUGUACUCCUGGACGGGCCCGAACGCCCUGGCGAGAUCCGCUUUGGUGGAACGCCAGGAGAGAUUGCAAUACAAUUGCGAGGAAUUGUUUGGCGAGAAAAAUUCACGGGACGUAGACUUGGAUCCAGAAUCAUUUAGAAAUAUCCUCGUCGACGAGCAACACGAGCUUCUGUAUUGUUACGUUCCGAAGGUUGCCUGCACGAACUGGAAACGAGUUCUGAUGAUUGCUACGGGUAAAUGGCCAGGUAACGACCCUAUGGAGAUACCUGCGGAUCAGGCGCAUUCCCAGGGCACUUUUCAGAGGCUAAGCAACUACACCCUGCCCGAAAUAGAACGAAUGCUGGUGACGUACGACAAGCUGAUAGUCGUCAGGCAUCCCCUGGAAAGGCUGUUGUCUGCCUACAGGAAUAAGUUGGAAGCGAAACACGAGAAGAGUUCGAGAUACUUCCAAACUCGUUUCGGGAAGAAGAUCAUCAGGAGAUAUCGCCGGAACGCUACUGAGCAAUCUAUGGCCAAUGGAGACGACGUGUCGUUUCGCGAGUUCGUCGAGUUUAUAACUGAUGAUUCGGCGAAUGAUACGACGAACGAACACUGGAAGCCGAUAUAUGAACUCUGUCAGCCAUGCUUGAUUAAUUACAAUCUCGUGAGUAAAUACGAGAGCUUGGUCGAGGACGCGACGGAAGUAUUGGAGCGGAUGGGCGUCGACUCAGUCAAUUUCCCGGCGAAACCUGCGAGUAGCGAGCCUACGGCGAAGAAACUCGACAGGUACUACUCCACGUUGACGUACAAGCAGCUCCGAAAGUUGGCGAAUUUGUAUAAAUUAGAUCUAAAACUGUUCGAUUAUUCGCUGGAGGACGUAUUAGGUUUUUCGUUAGCGUGACUCGAUUUCGCGCAACGAUUCCUGAGAAGAAUACGCUUCGCGUUCAGACGCGUUAACGGUUAAAUAGGCUUAAGUAUUUGCGGUGUUCCACAUGUGCGAGUCGCGAUCAUGAAUGAUUCCUUUCUUCGAUGUGGGAAACAGUCUUUUUCGUGUACUCCGCUCGUUUCCAACAUGCCUCGUCAUUGUACUUACUACCAAUUAAUUAGUCGUUAAUUAAUGAGCCGAAUCAAUAAACGAAACGAACGUCUUAAGAAUUUUUCUCAACGGAAGGAUUCACCCACUCGUUUCGCUGCAUUUUUUAUAUUUAGAACGUGCGCGAGUCUGUGCCAAAAAUUUAAGUGUACAUAUACACAUGUAGAUGUAUAAAAAUGCACAUCGUUCGGUGCCAAUGGAACAUUCGUUGUUGACUUUCUCCGAAGGAACGUGAUCUUCGAAUAUAUAAAUCUUGAAUAUUUAUACAGAUGUUUCUUUUGGUAGACGGGCGUUCAACAUGGUGCCGUAUUAGUAUGCUCGUUAUUAUUGUAACAGAGAACUUUCGCCAUAUUCGAGUACCUAAUUGCGUGUAUGUAUAAAACGUGCAAUUCUGAUCGAUCUAUAAAUACCAGUCAGGUAUCAUUCCUAUUGAUGCCAAUGUAAUGUCAUUGACAAUAAAAAAAUAUUUUCUAUACCACGCA